AUGUGUGUCAAAGUUACCCACGAGAAAAAGUGCGAGACAUGCGGAAACAUUGUCUCCUCAAUCGUCACUGAGCGUCCUUGCUACAAGGCACGGGAGAAGGACGGAUAUUUCGGGUGCUGUGGUAUCAUUGAUCGAAUUGACGUCAGUGAUCCAGUAGAGUGCGAUGAGUGCGAGAAAAAGCGAAAAGCGAAAGAAGCUUGA